AUAACCUUUUCAAAUAAAAAGAUCUCAUUGUUUUUGAAAAUUUAGGAAAUCUAAUAUAUGGUAUGAACAGUGAAAACUAUGAUGGGAAAAUUUUAAAUGCAUGAUGAUGCAUGGAAUGGAAUCAUUGCACAUGAAAUGUGAUAUUCCACACCACAUACUACAUAGUUUAUGCGGUGCCAUUUUUUCCUGCCACUAUGGACCUUACCCCCCUCAAACUCCUCUUUUUUAUGUAUUAAAUGUGAAAAAACCAAAAUUCAUUGAAUGGUGACCACAGGACCAGUGAGAGGAUCCUACAGCAAAAGAAAUUAAAAGAAGAAGAAGAAGAAGAAGAAGAAGAAGAAGCGAUUUUUCAUUGUAACGAGGAAACACCCCAUUUCUUCUAAUGGGGGUUUAAGAGCCAUAACAGGUUGAAGUUGGAAAGAUCAUAACUUGUCUUCUUCUAUAUACAAAGAGAGAAUAGAGAGAGAGUUGGAUGGUUAAAUCGAGGUUCAGAACUGUCCUUUCUGGAUACUUCUUUGGGAACCCUGGUUCAUUCUGGGGUUACAUCUUUAACUUUUGUGGCCUUCAUGGUGCAUUCAUCAAUCAAUUAAAAUUCUUACAACAAAUUGCUUGAAUAUUUUGGAUAAGCAAAGAUCAUAGAACAGCAUCUCAAGACUUAAAGCAUCCUUAGCACGUUAGCAGUAAUGUAAUGAAAUUGGUUCUUAUGAUCACUUUCAUUCAUUAAAAGCACCCAUCAUUUCCUUCAGAAGAAAUUACACUGAGCUCUUCUGAUAAGUUGAUAUAACUUUUAAGAGAGGGAUAAGAAGAUGAGUCAGGCUCGCUUGGAACCUUAUUUUGAUACUUCUAAAAAGCCUAGAUUCUUUGUUAUCCCUGAAAGACUUGGUGAUAUUGUUGUGAACUUUAUAAAGAUUGGCAUAGUGGUGUGCCUUGUUGCAUCCAUUUCGCUUGCCAUACACUCAGCAUUCUCCAAACAAUACCGGUGGUUUCCACUACCGGAGCAUAUACAUGUCUUACAGAAUGCUUCAGUCAGUGAUGGUGGACCAACAAACAUUUCACACAUUCUAUUUGGCAUUGGUGGCUCGGCUUCAACGUGGCGCACUCGCAGCGAUUACAGUAAGCUCUGGUGGGAUCCUAACACUACUCGAGGUUUCGCUUGGCUGGACGAGAAGCCUGCUAUCUCAGACCCUGAAGGGCUAACAAUCCCAUAUCAAAUCUCACAGGGAUGGACACAGUUCAGGACCUUGCACUCGCCAUCCGCGGUUCGGAUAGCUCGGAUAGUUUACGAUAGCUUCAAACUUGGUUUGCCAAACGUGAGGUGGUUUGUGAUGGGAGAUGAUGACACUGUGUUCUUUACCAAGAACUUGGUCACUGUUCUGAAGAAAUAUGAUCACAAUGAGAUGUAUUACAUUGGUGGGAAUUCUGAGAGUGUGGAGCAAGAUGUGAUGCAUUCUUAUGACAUGGCUUUUGGUGGUGGUGGAUUUGCAAUUAGUUAUGCAUUAGCAGCUCAACUUGCUAGAAUGAUGGAUGGUUGUCUCCAAAGAUAUUUCUAUUUCUAUGGUUCUGAUCAGAGGGUUUGGGCAUGUGUUCAUGAAGUUGGAGUGCCUCUUACAAGGGAAGGUGGAUUCCACCAGCUUGAUAUAAGAGGAGAUGCAUAUGGUCUUCUAGCAGCUCAUCCCAUGGCACCGCUUGUAACACUUCAUCACCUUGAUGAAUUGAAGCCUGUGAUUCCCAAACAUACUCGAAUGGAUGCACUGAAAAUGCUUAUGGCAGCAUACCAACUUGACCCUGCUAGAAUAGUGCAGCAAAGUCUCUGCUAUGAUCAUAACCGCAAAUGGUCCAUAUCCAUCUCAUGGGGUUACACAAUACAAAUCUACAGAACAAUGUUAUCAGCUGCGGAUUUGAGGAUGCCGCUGCAGACAUUCAAGACAUGGAGGAGUUGGGGUGAUGGUCCUUUCACAUUCAAUACUAGACCUAUGAGCCCUGAUCCAUGCCAGAACCCUGCAGUAUUCUUUCUAGACCAUGUUAGUAGUGUAGGCACAAGUGGAACUGUCACAGUCUAUAAGAGAUUUGUACCUGAGGAAGGAGAGAAGUGCAACGGCGAAGAUAACACCAUGGAAGUGACGAGCAUUCUAGUUUCUGCCUUGAAGAUGGACCCAGAAUAUUGGAAGGAUGCACGGCGUAGGCAAUGCUGCCAAAUCAUGGAUGGAGGAAGCAUACAGGAAGGCAGAUUGAACAUUAGGAUUAGAAAGUGCAGACCUCAUGAAACAGUUACUAUUUAGGGAACAGUUGCUUUAGUUAGAAGAUUUUACUAAAGAUUUGGCCAGUAACAGCUCCACCUGUGUACAUACAUAGUUGCCAACAUAUUCAUAUCAUUUCUUCACUCUAAAUUUUCACC